GAGCGCAUACACACACGUCAGCGCGAGGAGGGCUCUGUGAAUGUGACAGUCCAGACAGCCGCGGCAGAGAGAGCACGCGGAAAGGUGAGAAGCGCAGCGGGGGGGGGAGGGCAACACAAUGCCAGAAGAGCCAGCUAACCUGCAGACGUGACACGGAGAAACGAAGAAGAAGUAAAAAGAAAAGACUAAGAAAAAGGAGGAAAAAGACGCGAAAAAGCCAAAUUACGCGCAGCGGCGGAGGAGCGGCAGAGGAGCGUUGGAGGAGCGCAGAGGAGUGCAGAGGAGCGGCGGUGUGUUGAGGAACCUGGGGAACCAUGACCGUGGUUCCCGGGGAGAACCUGGAUGAGACUGUGGCUCUGGACCCGCAGCAGAGCACGAGGAACCAGGACUGCUGCUGCGAGCGCGUGCUCAUCAACAUCUCGGGGCUGCGCUUCGAGACGCAGCUCCAGACGCUCGCGCGGUUUCCACAAACGUUACUCGGGAACCCGAAGAAAAGGAUGCGUUUUUUCGAUCAUCUACGCAACGAGUACUUCUUCGACCGCAACAGACCAAGUUUUGACGCGAUUCUUUACUACUAUCAGUCCGGGGGGAGGCUGCGGAGACCCGUUAAUGUUCCCGUGGACAUCUUCAUGGAGGAGAUCAAGUUCUACGAGUUAGGAGAAGAAGUGGUGGAGAACUUCAAGGAGGACGAGGGCUUCAUAAAAGAGGAGGAGCGCCCCCUGCCGGAGAACGACUUCCAGCGCCAGGUCUAUGUCUGA